UUUUGGCAGUGUCCUUUUUUGCGCCGAAAUGUCAAAUCGCACGUUGCGUCGCAGUUAUAAGCGGGAGGAGAUUUCGGAACAGAAAACUGGAGUCGGCGAAUUUCGAGAUGUAGAAAUGGGAAAGUAAACAGAGACUGCGGCAGUUUGUAAACAAAUGAGUACUGUGUGUUACGGGUAGACACUUUGCGCGCGCGCGCGCGACUAAGCUCCAGUUAUGGCAGACGUGAGAUUGCUUGUCCAAGAGGAAGGACGGGCGGCGAGGAAUCUGAUCGCUUUCAACGUCCCGUUGGAGACCGACGGCAUAGAGAAGAUCACGCGCAAGCCUCCGAGUGUCCCCAGAGUUCUACUGUCCACUGCCACAAAGAGGUCCAUCAAGAGCAAUGCUAGAGUUCGGUCUGCUUCGACGGGUAGAGACAAACGUUCAGAGUUGCAAGCUAGAUACUGGGCAUUUCUCUUUGGCAACCUGCAGAGAGCGGUGGAUGCCAUUUACGAGACCUGUGAGGAGGAUGAGAACAUAUCCGAGUGUAAGGAGGUGAUUCUGGUGCUGGAAAACUACACAAGAGACUUCCACAAUCUCAUAGAGUGGUUCAAGGUGAAAUGGGCUUACGAGACAUCGCCACCUCCUCUGAGGAGGACUCCACUGGCUUGGGAGGUGCGCAAGACCUCACCUUGUCGUAUGUGGAGUGUGCCCAAACCAGGAAGCCCUUUGCAAAGGAUGAGCCCUAUUAGUCCCAUUGAGCAGACCAUUAUCGAACACAAGGUCACUAGUAACCCAUCUGAUAAUAGGAAUGAACCAACUGGGAAAGCAGAGGUUACUCCAAGGAAUCCAAAGAUUGUGAAGGAUGCCAAGAAUCAAGGCUCCAAAAAUGAUGCCAAAAGCUUGAAAGAGAAGCAGCCAGUAGUUGCAAAGGUGAAUAGUACAAGGUCGUCGACUGUCCUGAAGCGAACGUCAUCAGCGAAUAAAACGCAAGAAUCUGAAUCGAAGGUCUUAGCGGAGACCAAUGGCGCGAAAUCCAACGUCAUCGACCCUAAAAGUAGUAACGUUGUUCGGAACGUCUCUCGGACGCAGCCGACCACCGCUACUCGAACCAAAUCAGCGGCUGACUCGCAGAACGUCAAUAAUGAGAAUAACGUUGAUAGCGGGCUUAAACGGAACAACGAACCCAGAAACAGUAUUGAGGCAACAAAGAAUGUGAUAAAUACCAACUUCAAUAAAGGGACACCGGCCAAUGGAUUAAGCGUACCAGACUCCAAAACCACCACAACUUGCAACAACAAAUCUCCAAACAAGUCGACGGUCACGUCUACUGUUAAGUCCAAAGUCAAUCCUCCAAGACCGGCCUAUUCCACCAUUUCGCGUAUGAAAUCUACUCUUAGUAGCACAACGAGUUCGCAGUUACAGCAGCAACACGAAGUUCCAAAGAUGGUGAGAAGUAAAACAACGCUGGGAGUUAUGAAAGGCCCCACGACACCGAACAAGAUGAAGCCUGGGACGUCCGUUAUAGUGAGAAGACGGAUGCAAGCUCAGGGAGAGUUCUCAGGCCGACAGAACUCUGGAGGCUCUGAGUCCUCCCUAGAUAUGAGCGCCUCUUGCGAGGUUUUAACUCCACACUCAAGGUCCUCCAAGCAGAACAAUUCUCAGCAUAAUCGACAGAACCAGAAUCCGCAGCAGCACCAGAGAAACCAUCAGUCAUCCGGCAAAGAAGUGGACGUGGAUGGUUGGCAAACGGUUCGCGGUCGAUGUCGCCGCGGCAGUACGCACAACCUAAACAUGUCCACUCGUUUUCACAAACCCAGCACUGCAAGUUCGUUGCCAGCUCUUUGCAUCGAUUCGAGCAAGAAGACUGGCUCAGCGGAGCCUAGUGCGUCCAGGACACAAAAAAGGAGGAGCGUCGGGACUGCAAAGAGCGAAGGAGAUAAGGGAAAGAUGUGCGAAAAUACUGGGACUGGAGACAAGACUAGAAAUGUCGAGGGGAAACUUGUCAAUGGUGAUUCAAAGGGCCAAACAUCUUCAGCCUCGGUCAGCAAUGAGACCAACAACUCAACCUCGUUGACGAUUGCGGCGAUCUUCAAGAGCGAGGCCGAGCUUCUCGAGAAGCGUAUUCAACAAUUCAUGGCGGCACAAGCAGAACGCGAGCGAAUAAUCCUCGAAGAAGAACGUAAAACUGAAGAGGCCGAUUCACAGCGAUCGAAGCAACUGUCGGAUGAGGAGGCAUCGUUGCAGCGUCAAAUUCUUGAGCUUGAAUCAUCAGAGAUUGACAUCGAUACCGAAACUGAUGAAACCGACGGCGAAAUGGUGCUUGAUGUCGAGGAAGACAUCAUCGACUCUAACGUCGAGGAUGAGGAUAUAAGUUUAGAGGAUAGAUACGAGAACAUGCUUGAGGGUAUGUCCUGGGCCGAGAGAAUGGACACUUUAGCGCAAUUGCAAGCUUUGGUCGCGAGGCAUCCCGGAAGAGCUUUGGAACUACAUCAGAAGCUGUCUUCACCAUCGAGAAAGAGAUCACUACCCGAAACGCUUAGGAGGUACCAAGCAAAACAAGCGUGCGCCCAGCAUAAAAGGCAAAAAUUGUUGAUGGAGAAGUCCCAGCGACUGCGAGAACUUCUGAACAAAGUCGAAGAUGUGAAGACUGCGAAGAACCAGUUGAUAGAAGACAAGCGCAUAAGACUCGAGUUGAAACUAAAACGAGCGGAAGAGAAUCGAACGCAGCACUUGCUGGAGAUAGUGAGAAAAGCUCACGACGAAGACUCGAAGCUCAAAGAGAUAGCUUUCAUAAACGAACUCGAGGCACAGAACAAGCGCCAUGACUUUAUGGCACUCUGUCAAGAGCAAGAAGAAAGACUGCAGGGUAUCCAAGAAGAGCGACAACGCCGUCAAGAAGAGAAAGCCGCAAAAGAAGCUGCAGCGGAAGAACGUCGUCGGGCUUUGGAAGCUGAGCGUCAGCUGCGUAUUCAACGCAUGAGACAAGCUCGUCGCGAGCGCGAAGAGCGCGUCGGUAAGAUGCAGCUAGAGCGGGAAAAGGAACGACAGGAGUUGGCUCGAGAAAAAGCUCGAGACCGAGAGGAACGACUCUCGGCGCUUCACGCUGCUCAGCUGGCCAACCAGGAAGAGCUGCAGAAAAAGAUCGCGCAAAAGCAGCAAGAAUCAGCGAGACGGCAUGUUGAGAAUAUCGAGCACAUCAGGCAAAGGGCUGUGGAGUCGUCAAUUCUCAGAGCCGAGGAGGUGCCGCCGACGCUGAAGAGUUAUCCUUCGUUGAAGCAGUGCGCAUUGUGCGGAAAAGUGAUUCCAAACGAAGUUCAUCUACUCAGUCAUUUGAAGGGCAAGUUGCACUCGGAGGCAGUACGCCGAGUACACGAUGGUCGGGAGCCCAAUCGAGACGAGCUACAAAAGUUUAAUAUCGCACAAAUCAAAGACCUGCCAACAGGCACCACCGGUGACAAUAAAGCCGCUAAAGAGAAGCAGAAAGCGCUAAAGCGUCGCAGCCGUAAGAUCAAGCAGCGGAUGACGGCUCGCAGUCAGGAGUACGAGGAUUCGACCAAGGCUACUGGUAAUGGCACAGCUGCUGGAUCAGACGGAGUGGUCGACUCUACGAACAAGUCUAAGUUCAGGAGGAAUUUGAAGGAGCUGGAUAAGUUGUGUCAAAAUCACGCCAAGACUACCUGGUCGGUUGUUGCGGUCGCUAGUUUGGAGCGGUGUCUCGGAGAGAUUGCUCGAGGAUUUUCAAAAUCUUGUCCCCUGGAUCAGGAUACAUUCUCACAGUUGCGUGGAUUCGAGACCUUGACGAACUUGCUGAACCUCGGUCUGAACAUACAGAAUACAUCCCAAACGUUACCAAACAAAAGCAUCGUUUCCGUCUGUCGAGUCUACAUAUCGGCACUGAACGGUCACAGCGGCAACGUCGAAGCCGUUUUCUUGAGCAACAAAAUAAUCGUGAUACUCGACCUGCUAAUGCAACGUCUGGAGGCGGUGACGAGUCUGGACGAUAACAGCCAAGCCCAAGAGAUGACGGCGAGCGGCGGCAACGGCAGCGUCGUCGUCGCCGCGGUUCAACUGCUCUGCAGUCUCGUGCCGGAGACGCCCUUCGAGAAGCCGGCUCUUCAGUCUCGGCUUCAGGACGUCGUUGGUUACCUGAUGACGAGCGGCCUUAUCGACCGGGUGAGCAGACACAGCCGGGCCAUGAUCGAGUCGGACUACCUGCUGGACCAGGAGCGCGACUGCCUUCUGCUGGUUGGUUGCUACGACCUGCUGUUCCGCAUCUGCGUCCACCUGAAACGUUCGGGCAACGACAACAACGGCUCUCUCCCCUCCUCGGCGGACACCUCGGAAACCAGCACCAGCGCCACCUGCAACAGCGAGCCUUCGACCGCUCAGGCACACCUGCUCAACCUAUUAGGUUCCAGCGAGGCUGCGGGCGUCGUGGGCGCCCUCUACGCCGCCAUCGCCCUCACCUCGGCGUCGUCCUCCAUGUCGUUCUCCUCGUCGUCGGGUAACACAUGUAGCGCUGCGGGUCAGAGAGGCGGUUCGUCGGGGUCACCCACGCCCAGCCACCAGCAGGCUGGACCGUCAGCCACAGCGAAGAGCCUCGCUUGGAAGGGUCUGAAGCUUCUGAGAAGCAUAGCCGAACUCGAUCUGCAGAAGCUGCAGAACAUGCUGGGAGCCGAGGGUACGAGUCUGCAGUGGCGGAUGACAGCCUGUCACCUUAUCGCGAGGCUGUCGCGCGACCUGCCGGAUUUGGGAAAGCUCCAGACCGAGGGUACGAACGCCUCUGGAGCCGCUAAUCAAGGAGUCAACGGCACACAACUCUUGGGACAGCUCUUCGUCGUCCUCGGCUACUUCGCGGUCAACAAUCCCGAUAACCAGCUGAUCCUGCAGUCGGCUGGAGCCGGUCCGAGCGUUUUGCAGCAGCUUUGCACGCUGCCCUUUCCGUUCUACGGUGAUCCGAGACUCGCCGGGUUCACGCUGCCGACUUUACUCGCGGGGACACACGAGAACCCCGAGGCCAAGGCUAUACUCUCCUGCGAGAUGUCCUACCAGCUUCUGGAAGAGUACAGAGACUCGGAGCAGGGCAAGCUGAACCCAUUGGUCCGUCUGCUACGGGGCGCACCGUCCAACCCGCCGUAAAAGAAGAACGAAGCGUUGGUACCUAGUAUUCAAAAACGUUGAAAGGAAUUUACUUUUUUUAACGAACCCUGUAACGUCUUCCCGGUGUAGAGUACGACGGUAGCGACGUUAUCAACGAAUAGUCAGAAUCGUACUUAGCUCAUCUCUUUCAGCACUGCAGUAUCUCUCACUUCGCGUACAUCUUCUUAUAGAAAACUUACACACGUAUAAUCUUCGACGUUCAAUUAGUCGUCAUGCGAAAUUGGCCUUUAACACUGAAGAAGAAGUAGAAUAUAGCGAUGGCAUUUUACGAUUCGAUACGAGGUGCUCGGAUAUUUUUGUAAUCGCGCGUAAUUGUUAUAUAAGUAUGUGUAUCGAUCUAACGAAUGGUGCUAAUCUCAUUGGACUCACGUCGCCAAUUAUUUCCCACACACCAAGCAAGAUCGUUCUUCGUUUAGAGACGGGACGAUAUUACGAGUAUUAGACGAAGAGUAACUUAAACUUUUAUUGUUGUUUAAUACGCCGUAGGUACUUUUGUAACUAACGCGAUUAAAUUUUUUAUGCUGUGAAUGCAAGUGAUCUUUCUCAUGCCGAGUGAUAAUAAUGCGCGAGUCUCCGUUGCUUUUACUUUAUGUAGAAAUUCGUUGAUUUUUUUUUCCAGUAUAAUGAUAUUAUUACACAGUUUCCGCGAGUAUAACUGUUGAUCGAAUAUAUUAUGUUCGAGUGACGAUGUCGAUAGCAUUGUAACGAUGGUGAUUUCGCAUUUUUUUUCCUGACACUGUUGUCGUUCAACAACGUCCUCGUAGAAAAGAAGACACCAGCUAGUCUCUAGAUUCCUAACAAAGAAUAAUUAUUUAUAUUGUUAAUCGUAUGGAACGUGUACACGAUAAUCAACGUAAUAGCGUAGCGUCGAUUUAUUGUUCUCCCAACGUUGCCAAAGGUGGAAAUGAAAUUUCGUCGACGUUGGAGAGAGAGUCAAUCGAGUAAGUAGUAGAAAAACAAAUUCAGAGAUCAUCACAGAAUAAUACUGUAUUUUUGUAUGACUCGUAGAUAAUAUUAUUACGCGAUACUCAUAACAUUCUAAUACCAUAACAAGAAACGUAUGUAAUACAGCGAAACCGAGUAUACAUAUUAAUUUAUAAACAUACAACUAAUCGAUUAACAAAAUUGUUUUGUGCAUUAACGAUUAAUUGACAUAUUUGUAAGCCGAGCGAUUUAUUUUCUAAAAAAUAAAGGCAACGCCAACGCUCUACGUGGCAGCAAACACAAGUGGUCUUUUUCCACGAACGACCGUCUCGCGUGCAAAUUCAUAAAAACUAUAAUCGCGAGUGAAGGAAUUUCGAAGCGCUCUGAAUACACACGUCAAAUGUAAUAAUACACGAAUCGCAAAUAUUUGAACGAAUAUCGCGAUGAUUUAUUCAUCAGUAUACGAUUUUUGUAUCAAUUAUUUCAUCCGAUUAAAUAUUGAGAGCACAAACCUCAGUUGACUAAAUAAAGCGCAUUCCUCUGUA